AUGGUAAUGGAAUCAAAAACAACUAGCAAGACUAGUUGCCUUAAAGCACUAUUAUUACGUGCUUGGAGAGAAAGAUGGACAGAUUUACAAUGGGGCAUCAACAUCAAAACAGUCCUACCUAGAGGAGUAAGCGGAGAUGUGUAUAAUUUGGCUGAUUGUAUACUUCAACAAGCCGUUGUAGGCGCUGGGGCCAACCAGUUAGUCUUGAGUUAUUUAAGGCAUUCUUUGAGUGCCCAACUUGUUUCACAUGCAGCUGUUCUUCAAAGAUUGAGCAAGUAUAGUCAGUUCAGCAAAGUUCAUUGUGUUUUUAGCCUUUUGGAAUUUUUUGAAGGAAUGCUUCCAGGCAUUACUGUCAGUUGUGGAAAGCCUGAAGAAACUGUAUUAGCUACAGCUGUCUUGUCAGUGGCCCUGUGGUUACUAAACAUAUUGCAACACACCGGAUCUGUUAGUGGCUACAACAGAAAACUCAAACAAAAAACUUCAGAACUGUUGAAAAUUUUAUUGACUGAUGAUUUUUAUAUAUCCAUGAUGUGUCUUGCAAGGCGUAAUGACCCAGAUCUCUUUGCAGAAGCAAGUAGUAAAUGUUUAGAACUAGAAACACUCUUGGGUGAAGAAGCCCGAGGUGUAGAAGAUGAGAUUGUUCCUUUUGUAAGGAAAUUGUCAAAUAUGGAUGUUAAAAUCCUGCAACUACCUAUAAAAAGUGAGAACUGGCCAGGUUCUCUGAUUCAGUGUUGGCUGCAAGUAAAGCUAACAGGAAAUCCUGGCACCCCAACAUCAGCCUUGGCCCAACAGCUGAGAAUUUUUAAGAAAUUGAAGGGCUUCAGCCACGCUAGACUAUAUGCAGAAUUGAUGAGAGGUAGUUUGAUGUCUCUGUAUAAUGCAAAACAAACCUCUCAUGAAAGCCAGUGGAGUGCAUUUGCCUUUCUUAAAGUUCCCCACAUUCUUUUGGAAUUGGCUGGGAGUUCAGACAGUGCUAGCAUUGUAUCUGCUUUAGAACUGAUGCUGCAACAUAGCCCUUUACUAGAUGCCAUGGAUGCCAACAGUUCAUGCUCUAGUUUUGAAUGUUUGUUAAAUGAGCUGUCAAAAAAUAAGUUACUGUCAGAGGCUCAGGUUAAGAUGUUUUUGGAGAAAAGAAAAACACCACCAUCGUUGAAGCUCGAUUCAGUUCCAGGGAAUAAUAUGUCUACUUAUUGGCAUAUCUGUGCUGAGAGUACUUUAACUGGGAUAUUGAAAACAUUAUCUUCUGACUAUCAAAAAAUUCAGGAUGCUCUUUUAAAAAUGCUGCAUCAAGUUCUAGCUGGCAACAGUUUCGAGCUCAUACUUGCAGUAGCUACAGUUCAGGAUAAGUUGGGCACUCUAGUAAAUCGACUGAUCAAAUUUAACGAAUGCUCCAAAUCGGCGGGUGAAUCAAAAUCUCAGCUGUUCGAUAUAACCUUCGUAAUGUUGGUGACUAUAGUACAAAAUUAUGGCCCUUCAGCUGUGCUGGAUUCAGAUGGAGAUUCGCUGUUUGAGCAGUGGGUUAAGUCUUGCAUGGUGGAAAGGAACAAACCUAAAGCUGCUGAUCAAAUUCUUCGACUAGGUGAUCCUGUAAUUAUCCAAUCACUGUUGGAACAGUUCAACUCUGGGGAAUCCGAGUUCAAACCCGGCAUCAAAUGGCAAGAGCUGCUGUUCAACAUACCUGGCGUAAUGCAUGAAGUCCUUGUAGCUUGGGAGCAAGGCACUCUCGUUCCUCAAGAUGUAAAACGCAUCCUAGACGCCGUUAGAGGAAAAAUGUGCUGUUUGCCAUAGUCGCAGCUGCUUGGCUGUGUGCUUAUAUGAGAACGGCGCCACAAGAUACCUUACUAAAACCUAUAAAUAUGGUUCAACAGCUUUUGAACACUCCAGGUUCAGAAGAGGACAAUUUCAAUGAUAGAUGGCAGCUAACUUGUGAAAUUAUCAGGAAAAUGCAGAGGGACGUUCAGCUUCCUUUGCCCCAAAAGAGUGGUCAUUAUUUGGUGUCUAGGCAGCCUGCAACGGAACAAUUGGGACAGGCUUGGAAACUUGGCAUCGUACGAGGUUGGUUGGAUCAUAAUUCAGCGAGAACUCUUCACUGUCUUCUAGAAACUGCUGGUACGAGAUGGUUGGUAUCAGCUGUCAUUCAGGAACUGGUCAAACUUAGGUAUAGAGACCAACUGCAAAGAGGUAUCGACUUGGCUUUAGCUAUGUUCCAUGUUGACAUCGUCGGCUGUACUCGGCAACUGUUAUCCCACGUGUUGCCUCAGUUGUUAUACAAUGAUAUACAAGCAGAUGGUUUGAUGGAACCACAACUGCCAGCCUUAGCUUAUGUUACGAGUUAUUGUGUGUUUACUGCAUGGGAUGCGCUGCAAUCUACAGAGGAGACCGAUACGGACCCUCCAGUCGCCAAAAUGAGCCGUCUCUCCGACACGAAAGAAGAGGAAGCCAAACCUUUAGAGCAGCUUCUAACCGCGCUUCGUCAGCUGCUCUACAUGUUCGAAGGAGUCAUCCAAGAAGGUUCCAUCACCCAGCAGACGUAUUUCGCUUUCUACCUCAUCAAAUCCUUGGUCGAAGUCAAGGUCCCGGCUGCUAGUUCCGUGUUGGCUGCCAUUCCCUCAUCUCUAAUAUCGGAUUUACUCAAAACGAUGCCGGAUCUGUUCAGCUAUCCGCUUUUGUUGCACAUUCAUGAUGUUAUGAGUACUGCUGGAAGAAUCAAUAUGGCUAAGGAUUUGUGUAUAUUGAGGAACUAUUAUUUGAAGAAUGCUAAAGAUGUUAGUGCUCGAUAG